UUGAGUGUCUGAAGCCGUUGGCUGCUCCUGAACGGUUUGGCUCUUUUCUCUGCUGACAGCCUUACAAUGUUCCUCAAUUUCUCUUCAGUAUCUAUUUUCUAGCUCUUAUUAAAUAAAUAUAAUUGUCUGAACAUAACGAGACGCUUGUCUGGAAACUUAACUACCUAUCCGUCGCCUUCAUCUGGGGCUAUAACGCCUUAUUACUACCACAUUGAAAAAAAAAAAAAAAAAAAACACUUGGGAGGAAAUUCCACACAAGCGACACCAGCACAGAAGGCACAUCUUGUGUGAUCUGGAUUUUAAAGUAUUUUACACAACGGCAGAACAUCACAUCAAGUAUUGCAGGCAUGGACUACCUCCCAGAUGAUGCACAAGUCCAACAGACGUGAAUUUCGGAUGACUGAAGAAAGGUACAGUUUGAUCCUGUGAGGUUGUUGGUGAACAUCUGAAAACUUGGUCACAUGGUGCUCAGACUCUGGGACAGUACUCUUGUAAAACCUUUGUUGUGGAAACCUCAGAGUUAAUACUGUGGCUUCUGACCUGUGUGCUGACCUCAUGGUGUAACCAGGAGUAAAGAUGAGCAUAAGCAGCGAUGAAGUCAACUUCUUGGUGUACAGAUACCUGCAGGAGUCAGGGUUCUCCCACUCGGCCUUCACUUUCGGCAUAGAGAGCCACAUCAGCCAGUCCAACAUCAACGGCGCCCUGGUGCCCCCUGCUGCUCUCAUCUCCAUCAUACAGAAGGGCCUGCAGUAUGUGGAGGCUGAAGUCAGCAUCAACGAGGACGGCACGCUGUUCGACGGGCGGCCGAUCGAGUCCCUGUCGCUGAUCGACGCGGUGAUGCCGGACGUGGUGCAGACGCGGCAGCAGGCCUACCGGGACAAGCUGGCCCAGCAGCAGGCCGCCGCCGCCGCCGCCGCCCCCGUCGCCGCCGGCAACAUGCCGGGCAACGCCAAGAACGGGGAGAACACGGCCAACGGAGAGGAGAAUGGAGCGCACGCCUUAGCCAACAACCACACGGACAUGAUGGAGGUGGACGGGGACGUGGAGAUCCCCCAGAACAAGGCCAUGGUGCUGCGCGGCCACGAGUCGGAGGUGUUCAUCUGCGCCUGGAACCCCGUCAGCGACCUGCUCGCCUCAGGGUCCGGCGACUCGACGGCGAGGAUCUGGAACCUGAGCGAGAACAGCACCAGCAGCUCCACGCAGCUCGUCCUCCGCCACUGUAUACGAGAGGGGGGGCAGGACGUCCCCAGCAACAAAGACGUCACCUCGCUAGACUGGAACAGUGAAGGUACACUACUAGCAACAGGCUCUUAUGAUGGAUUUGCAAGAAUAUGGACUAAAGAUGGUAACCUUGCCAGUACCUUGGGUCAGCACAAAGGUCCUAUUUUUGCUCUGAAGUGGAAUAAAAAAGGAAAUUUCAUCCUCAGCGCCGGAGUUGAUAAGACUACAAUCAUUUGGGAUGCGCAUACAGGAGAGGCCAAACAACAGUUCCCUUUCCACUCAGCUCCCGCGCUUGACGUCGACUGGCAGAGCAACAACACGUUUGCCUCCUGCAGCACGGACAUGUGCAUCCACGUGUGCAAGCUGGGUCAGGACCGGCCAAUCAAGACAUUCCAGGGGCACACGAACGAAGUGAACGCAAUCAAAUGGGACCCCACGGGCAACCUGCUGGCCUCCUGCUCCGAUGACAUGACCCUGAAGAUCUGGAGUAUGAAACAAGACACCUGUGUUCACGACUUGCAAGCGCACAGCAAGGAAAUCUACACUAUCAAGUGGAGCCCGACCGGGCCUGGAACCAACAACCCCAAUGCCAAUCUAAUGCUGGCCAGCGCUUCGUUCGACUCCACCGUGCGGCUAUGGGACGUGGACCGAGGGAUCUGCAUCCACACGCUAACCAAACACCAAGAGCCCGUGUACAGCGUGGCCUUCAGCCCCGACGGCCGCUACCUGUCCAGCGGCUCCUUCGACAAAUGCGUCCACAUCUGGAACACGCAGACGGGAACCUUAGUCCAUAGCUACAGGGGAACAGGAGGCAUCUUUGAAGUUUGCUGGAAUGCAGCAGGUGACAAAGUGGGAGCGAGCGCAUCAGAUGGAUCUGUUUGUGUAUUAGAUCUUCGGAAAUAACACUGCUAGUUGGAAGCCAUGGACCGACUAUGAAUGUGUACAUAGCCAAAAUGACUGUCCCUGCCCCGCAUACUGCUACAGUCCCUUGUGAAACCAUGGCCAGCCACUACAGCCAAAACGAAGCAUCCCGAAAGCAGUGAAGGAGAGUGCAGGACCCCAGGGCCCCGGACCUGACUCCUCCCAGAGACUCACACAGGCGAAUCGGAGAAACCGAAAAAAGCGAAAGCGAGCUAGAUAACGGACCCGUACGUGCACCAAAAUUUAAGAGAGGUUUCUUUUCUGUUCUUUAAACCAGAAUCAACAUUUAAAGAAGAAAAAAAGAAGAAAAAAAAAAGAUUUUCUUAUGUUUGUGGGUAGAUCAGUUUUGUGUGUGGCAGACAUAUCGGCUUUCUUAAUCCAACGGCAGAUUUUUGUUUCCCUCCCCCCCUCCCCGACCCCCCGUUUAUAAAUGUUUAACAGAUAUCUUAGGUUUCAGCUGCAUGAAGCAGAGGAGCCGGUCGACUUUAACCGUUACUUUUAUACCUGGAUAGAAAUGCAUCCUGGCAAAAAAAAAAACAAAUCGUCUUUGGUGGUACUGUAUGUUUUGUGGUUUAAAAAAAAAAAACACAUUGUGGGGGGGCCGUUAUUUUCGUUUUUUUUUUAUAUUUCAGUUUCACUUUCCCGCAUUCUUCAGUUGUAGUUUUGAUGCUAUGGUUUUGCUGGUGAUUCAGAAUGCAGUAGUCUUUUCCUCUCUAAGUGGAUGUUGAUUUUGCGGAAUUUUAAGGAUUACGAUUGUAAGAUGGGCACAAAAAUAAGAAACGAUGCGCCAUGCAUCAUUUUGCUUUAAAACCAUAAUUAUGGUUGUAUUGUGCACUAUUGACAGAGAAACAUUAGUAAUAAAACAUUUUGAUUCAUAGAACUUUCUGGACAAUGGUUUACUGCUGUAGCUGUUACAAGAGAGCAACAUUCUUUAGUGAACUGUCGAUGGACUUUUUCGCCAACAAAAUAACUGGGUUCCAGUAUUAAUGACUGAUACUCUUUGUAGCUUCUCAAAAGUGUCCAUAGGACAAAGUUAAGUCAAUGUAAUUCUACCAUGAAACAGACUGACGUCCCUUGUGAAUAAAUCAUUCAUUAAAGUCAAGACUUGCUUUAAUUUCUUUUUUAUUUUAUUUUUUAUUUUGAUCCAACAUGUGCAUUUCAUAACAGUGUUGGGUGUUUUUUUUUCAGGUCUGGGUUUGUGUAACAUAUUUAUUUUUUCCUCAGAAUCUUUAGGCAAAUUUUAAGCAUGGAAAUGCAUACUGAAAAGAUCAUCUGGAAUGUAAAUGCUAGUCUACUCUUUGGCACAGAAGUGUUUUUCACUUCAGUUGUGUUUUCCUGAUCAGUCCUCCAACCCCCCCCCCAAGCCCCCACCCCCCCCCCCACUCCGAAGCGAAUCAUUUCCAAAUCAGAAAUUGAUUGACGGCCAUGUAAUGCAAGGUGUUUCUGUUCUAUAUUAAAAACCUGAAGCUAAAGCAAGUCUGGGUGUUGGGCAGGGAAAGGAGAAGGUGAAUUGGUAAAUAUGAAACGGUGUAACAUUGUAAGUAUAUAUGUCUGUGUUAACACAGAGAAUUAUUUUAUAUGCUACUCAUAUGCAAGGGUAGUUUUUAAUUAAAUCCAUUUUAGCUUUUAAAACGCACUUGACUGCGUGAUAUAAUUAUGCAUUGUAUGGACAGGUUUUAUUUUUAUUUUUUUGUUUAUCAUGCAAUGGCAUCCUCCUUUAUAAAAUACCAUUGGACAGUCAUAGUAAAAAAAUGCCUCAGUUUUAUUUCUUAAAUUCUGCACCUCUGCGGUGAUAUUAAUGGCCAUGUUUGUCAAUGAAUCAGGUCAGUGAAUUGUUAUUGGGAGAGCAGUAGAGAAGAGCAUAAUGGCAUUCCAAGUAGUGUAGCAUAGUUUAAUCAAUACAGUUUAACUAAAGAAAAUAUACUUCAUGCUGUCUUGGGUUUCGUUUUUGUUUUUUUAAGGUUAGUCACAUAAUUUACACGAUUUUAUAGAGUAUAGUAUUUUGAAUUGUACUUACCAGUAAAUCAUUUGCUAAACAGAACUCCCUUGGAAACUAUUUAUUGUGUAGUCUAUGACAGUGGAAUGGUAUUUUAUAAUGUCUUUGUUUUUAAAGAAACAUGCUUUUUACACUGCAGAUUAAGUGUCAGUUUCCUGCUGGUCCCUAGUAUAAUUCCUUAUCUUUCCCAAACACCCUUGUGUGGCCCUUGAACGUUUUUGUACUCUUUGAAAAUUUUUUAUAAUUCUGAUUUUUAUUUGUAGCUGUUAAAUAAAGAGGAGCAAACAUAAAUUGGAUGUAAUAUAACAUCAUGGACCAUGUAUAUACCCACAGUUUAAAGAUUUGGGUUCAACAUUGUUUUUUUUGUCAUUGCCCACACUCACCCUUAAUUUUCUCAACUAAGUCUUUUUGUUGCAGAUGCCCUUUGCAUUGUAUUGAUCUGACUGUUGUAAUUUGAUUCAGAUCUGAAAAAGAAGUCCAGAAUAAAAUAUAUUUUGAUAUUA